CCAUUUCCCAGCUUUUUCCUCGUGGCAUCGAUGAGCAUCGAGUUCUUGCAAACAAUCCUCGAUGGAGUUGAACAACCUCUGGAGCUUGUUGUCCAGCAUGAAUCAGAGCUUACUGAGGAAUUCCUUGAAGUCUUCAACGAAGAGGCCCAGCCAUUAGGCAUCGCACCAGGCUACUCGAAGGAGGGCGCACUUGUCGCCCUUUCAAUUGCGGACGAUUGUCACUGCCUUAUCGUUCGCUUCUACAGCCCCCGCCGAAGCGAUCCCAAUGGUCGAGGACGCGGACGCGGUCGUGGAGCGCGUGGUAAUGGCCAGCAGCGGUCGGAACCCCCACCCAAUUUCGCUGGUCGGAAGAUCCUAGAAAAAGUUAUCCUCUGUCGCAACGAAGGGCAGCUCCUGGCUUUCGACUGUGGCCCACUCGCGAUGUCGCUCUUCUGUCUUGAGGGCGAAGGCUUACGUAUCCAGAAUGCAGUCGACAUCCAAGCUGCCUUCAGCGCUUUCAACCGCAGGCCGCUGACCUCCAUCGUUGCGGCCGUCGGCGACUCUAUCCGUGUGUUUACAGAGAAUGUUGAAACCGCGUUCCGCAACCCGUUCUAUGUCGAGGGAGACAAGCAUUGUCGCAUGGACCUUGCUAAUAGAGCGUGGGUCUCGCAAUACCUCGCCACCACCUCAAACGGAGAGACUAUGUGUGGGAAAGCGAAGAUCAUCAACACCAAUGCUCUUCAACCUGGAGUGUUGAAUAUAUUGGCCAAAAUGACAUCCGACUCGUUGCGAUUGUCGAACCUCAAACCAACGCAGAAGAAGCAUGAAGUCAUUGCGGUCAAUGCCAGCGAUGGCUUGAGUGUCAAGUCGGCCUCUUUCGCGAGUCGGCUUCGUGGUUCGGAGAAUCUCUCCAUGCAAGUCCUCAACGCGCGAGGUCAAUCAUACGAGGUUUAUGGUCAGAGCGGUGGUGUGGAUGGUCGAAGAGCAAACCUAGACGUUCCUCGCCCUCUUGAUGGGUCCAAAACAAUCCUUCAAAUCACAUCUAUUGGUCGUGACGAUCCCACGACUGCCGAAGCUCAACGCGCCGCAACAAUAUUGAGUGCGCUCCAAGGCAACAUUGCAGUGCUUACCGAUAAUGCCUGGAUCAAGAAUGUUUGGCUUCCGUCUUCGGACGAUCUGGGUAUGCAGUGGCCAGCACGACCCCAGGUUGAAACCGGCAAGAAAACAAAACAACUGUCUGUGCAACCUGUAUCUGCGGAGGAGGACAAUCUUGGCCGUCUUAAUGCUUCGCAGCGUGAGGCUGCGGAAGCAAUGCUCAGUCCAAAGGAUGAUCAUCGCAUUGUACUAAUCCAAGGUCCACCAGGAACGGGCAAGACCUCAGUCAUUGCUGCAUAUGUCAAAACAGCAAUUCAGCAAUCUCAGCUGGGUAUUUGGCUUGUUGCAAAAAGUAAUGUUGCAGUUAUCAAUAUAGCCUUGAAGCUACAGGCUACUGGCAUGGCCAUUUUAUAUACAGGCAUUCGCCAGAACUUUAUCCGCUCUGAUGAAUUCAAAACUCUAUCUCACUCACGUAUGACUGACUGUAAAGUAAUCCUCUGCACAGUCAGCAUGUUAUCUAAUUAUUGGGUCAAAACCAAAUUCCGAAACUACAUUCCUGUUACCCGAAUUAUUGUUGAUGAAGCUAGUCAAAUUGAAAUUGGUGAUUAUUUACCUGUUUUUGAAAAAUAUGGGGAGAAACUUGAAAAAAUGUGUUUUAUUGGAGAUGAUAAACAAUUGCCUCCUUAUGGCCAAGAAGAUCUACAAGACUUACAGUCCGUUUUUGAACUAUCUCAUCUUCAAACACAAACCUAUUUCCUGGACACUCAAUAUCGAAUGCCACCUCAAAUUGGAGCCUUUAUCUCAGAAAAAGUCUAUAACAAUCAGCUCAAGUCCAACCCUAGCCAUCUUGUCCCAGACACUGAUAUUGCUUGUCAAUUCAUCAAUGUGCCAGGGGCAAAGGAGGUUCUGAAUAACAAUUCAUACUUUAAUAACCUGGAAGCACAAGCUAUUAUCAAGCUUGCUUUGCUUUUGCAAGAAAGGAAUAAGUCUUUUAAGAUCAUCACACCCUAUGAUGGACAGCGAGUCCUUAUUGAAAAUACAAUGAAGGAGACGGAAGGCCUUGAAUGGGAGGAAAAGGUCUAUAAUGUAGACUCCUUUCAAGGCAAUGAAGAAGACAUCAUUAUAAUCAGCCUGGUCCGAUCAAUAUCUCUUGGAUUUCUUCAGAAUUUACGUCGUACAAAUGUCAUGCUCACACGGUGCAAGAGAGCAAUGUAUAUUGUCUCAAGCAAGGCUUUCUUGAAGGAUGGGGCAGGGAAAGACUGUAUUGUAGGGGAACUUGGAGAGCAUGUUGGUGACUUGGGAUGGCUGGAGAGCCAAGUUUUGGAGAGUGGUGAUUUCUUAGACAACCCACGCAAACGUGAAGUCUAG